AUACAGACUAGUCGAAGAGAGUUCAACAUUUACUAUAUCUACAUAAAAAUAUUUCUGAUCAUAUAAAAAUAGCAUAAUUUUCUGAUGAAGGAGGUUUGGAUAAACCCUUGAAUUCAAUAUGAUUGCCACUGUCUGAAGAAGAUUCAACAUCUAUUAUACCAUAUAAAAAUAAUACUAUAAUUUUUUAUCGAACAAAAUUUGACCCUCUUAUCCAAAGAUGGCUUUGCUCCUGGAUAGGAGUACACUAUCUUAUUGUCCUAACUAAUAGUCGUAGAACUACUCAUAUAAUUUCUUAUUCUUCGACUCUUGUUACUAUCCAUUAUUGUGUGUUUCGAUAAGUACUCCUUUCCAAAUAAUAUCGCAUUUAAAUCAUGAAAUAUCUCACCUUAUCCCGCUAAACUACCCCACAGAGCUUUUAACAUAAUAACCUCUCCUCUCUCUCUGUCUCUGUACACACACUCUUCUCUCUCUCUUUAUGCUUCUUGUUUGCUGAUUCUCUUUCUACUGCUACCAGGUCUAGCUUGGUCGGGUGUGCUAUAAAAAUAGAAAAAGACCACUUUCUCUCUCUCUCUUUCAAAAGCCUCUUCAUAGACAGUGAUUGCCUAAGUGUAAAAAAAAAAAAAAGAUUUUUCUUGAGCUUAACUUAGCUACAAUCUUUACAUAUUCAAGCAAAAAAAAGAAAUGGGUAGUGCUCAGAAUUUCAUAGUACCCCUCAAAAUUUGAUCUUUUUUGGGUUUCUUGAUUGGUUUUGUGUGUUAAGAACUUCAGGUUACCCCACAAAAUUUGAUCUUUUUUUGGUUUCUUGAUGUGUUUUGUGUGUUAAGAACUUAAGGGUAUCCCACAAAAUUUGAUCUUUUUUUGGUUUCUUGAUGUGUUUUAUGUGUCAAGAACUUAAGGGUACCCUUCAAAAUUUUUUUCUUGUGAUGUUUUUUGUGUUUUGGGGUUGUCAAGAAUUUAGGGUUCCUUUCAAAAUUUGAUCUUUUUUGCUAGGUUUUGCUACAAUCUUAGAUAUUAAGCUAAAACAAGAAAAGGAUAGUGCUCAAAAGUUGAUCUUUUUGUGUUUUUGGUGUUGUUAAGAAUUUCAGGGUGACCUUCAAAAUUUGAUCUUUUUAGCUGGUUUGUGUUUUGGGGUUGUUGAAUUUUAGGAUACACUUCAAAAUUGGAUCUUUUUGUGUUGUUUUGAUGUUUUUUUCGUGUUGGGGUUGUUAAAUCUAAGGGUACUCUUAAAAAUUUGAUCUUUUUUUUUUUUUUUUUUUUGUUGGAUUUUGUGUUUUGGGGUUGCUAAGAAUUUCAGGGUACACUUCAAGAUUUGAUCUUUUUGUGUUUCUUUGCUGGUUUUUGUGUUUUGGGGUUGCUAAGAGUUUCAGUGUUCACUUCAAAACUUGGAUCUUUUUGUGUGUUUGUGAUGGUUUGGUGUUUUGGGGGUUGUUAAUGGAGGUCUUGGAGAAAGAUAAGUGUUGUGAAUUAGGUUGAAUUCUUGAGGUUUUUGAUGUGGAGAAGCUGAAAUUAAGAAUCUUUUUUUGGUUAGGGGAGGGGUGGAGUGGGGAGGGAUUGAGGGGUUUUAGAGAAGAUGGGGUUGAAAUGGGGUAUAUUAUUAAGGAUAAGAGUGAUGAAUGGGUGUAAUACUUUAGGGUUUGAAUUGGGUUUUGAGGGUUUUAUAUAAUCAUAUUUUAAGGGUGUUUUAGAUAUAUAUACAUAUUUAAGGAUUAAAAAUAUGAAGCUUUCAACAUCAGGAAUUGGUCAGCAAACCAAUGAAGGAGAGAAGAAGUGUUUAAAUUCAGAAUUAUGGCAUGCUUGUGCUGGUCCCCUUGUAUGUCUACCAACGGUAGGGAGUCGAGUGGUUUACUUUCCUCAGGGUCACAGUGAACAGGUUGCGGCAACAACUAAUAAAGAAGUCGAUGCUCAUAUACCAAAUUACCCGAACUUGCCACCGCAGUUGAUCUGUCAACUCCACAAUGUCACAAUGCAUGCAGAUGUUGAAACGGAUGAAGUAUAUGCUCAAAUGACAUUGCAACCCUUGACUCCGCAAGAACAAAAGGAUACAUAUCUUCCUGUUGAGUUGGGUAUUCCUAGCAGGCAGCCUACUAAUUAUUUUUGCAAGACACUCACUGCAAGUGAUACCAGUACGCAUGGCGGUUUUUCUGUUCCUCGUCGUGCGGCAGAGAAAGUUUUCCCUCCUUUGGAUUUCUCACAGACACCACCAUGUCAAGAAUUAAUUGCGAGGGAUCUGCAUGACAUUGAAUGGAAAUUCAGACAUAUUUUCCGAGGACAGCCUAAGCGGCAUCUUCUGACGACGGGCUGGAGUGUGUUUGUUAGUGCCAAAAGACUUGUCGCUGGAGAUUCGGUUCUUUUCAUUUGGAAUGAGAAAAAUCAGCUUCUUUUGGGAAUUCGUCGUGCAACUCGACCCCAAACUGUCAUGCCAUCAUCUGUUAUUUCUAGCGACAGCAUGCAUAUUGGAUUACUUGCUGCUGCUGCUCAUGCUGCCGCUACCAAUAGCUGUUUCACUGUUUUCUUUAACCCAAGGGCUAGCCCAUCUGAGUUUGUUAUACCUCUUUCAAAAUAUAUCAAAGCUGUAUAUCACACACGUGUUUCUGUUGGAAUGCGUUUCCGGAUGCUAUUUGAGACUGAAGAAUCAAGUGUUCGAAGAUACAUGGGCACAAUUACUGGUAUUGGUGACUUAGAUCCGGUUCGCUGGGCCAACUCCCAUUGGCGGUCUGUCAAGGUUGGGUGGGAUGAAUCAACGGCAGGUGAGAGGCAACCUAGAGUUUCACUAUGGGAGAUAGAGCCGUUGACUACUUUUCCAAUGUAUCCAUCUUUGUUCCCUCUUAGGCUAAAACGGCCUUGGUAUCCAGGAUCUUCAUCUUUUCAAGAUAAUUCUAGUGAAGCUCUUAAUGGAAUGGCAUGGUUGAGAGGGGAAAGUGGUGAGCAAGGACCACAUUUGAUGAAUCUUCAAUCUUUUGGGGGGAUGCUCCCUUGGAUGCAACAAAGAGUCGAUCCAACAAUUCUCCGAAAUGAUCUUAACCAGCAGUAUCAAGCUAUGCUGGCUAGUGGUUUGCAAAAUUUCGGGAGCGGCGAUCUGAUGAAACAGCAACUGAUGCAGUUUCAGCAGCCCGUCCAAUAUGUUCAGCAUGCAGGCAGUCAUAAUCCUCUCCUGCAGCAGCAGCAGCAACAACAACAACAAGCAAUGCAGCAGGCGAUUCAUCAGCAUAUGUUGCCUGCACAACCCCAAAUCGAUAACCUUCAAAGGCAACAACAGCAACACGUCAGCAAUCAGACAGAGGAACAGUCUCAUCAACAUUCUUACCAGGAAGCAUACCAAAUACCAAACAGCCAGCUCCAGCAGAAGCAACCAUCAAAUGUUCCUUCUCCAUCAUUUUCAAAGCCAGAUAUAGCAGAUCAGAGCCCAAAAUUCUCGGCAUCUGUUUCUCCAUCAGGCAUGCCGUCAGCUCUAGGUUCUUUAUGUUCGGAAGGUACUAGUAACUUUUUGAAUUUCAAUAUAAUUGGUCAGCAGCCUGUGAUCAUGGAGCAGCCGCCGCAGAAAUCUUGGAUGCAAAAAUUUUCUCAUACACAAUUGAAUACGGGCUCCAACUCAUCCUCACUCUCAGGAUAUGCAAAAGAUACUUCCAAUUCACAGGAAACAUGUAGUCUAGAUGCCCAGAAUCAAACUCUCUUUGGUGCUAAUGUUGAUUCUUCAGGGCUUCUCCUCCCGACAACUGUGUCUAAUGUUGCUACAACAUCAAUUGAUGCUGAUAUGUCCACUAUUCCACUAGGGACUUCUGGAUUUCAGAAUUCUCUGUAUGGUUAUGUGCAAGAUUCUUCUGACUUGUUGCAUAAUGUAGGACAAGUUGAUGCACAAACUGCGACCCGUACAUUUGUCAAGGUUUACAAAUCAGGGUCCGUUGGGAGGUCAUUGGAUAUCACCCGGUUCAAUAGCUAUCAUGAGCUACGACAGGAACUGGGUCAGAUGUUCGGGAUCGAAGGGUUUCUUGAAAACCCUCAAAGAUCAGGCUGGCAGCUUGUAUUUGUUGACAGGGAGAAUGAUGUCCUUCUCCUUGGAGACGACCCAUGGGAGGCAUUUGUCAAUAACGUCUGGUACAUCAAAAUUCUUUCACCUGAGGAUGUGCAGAAACUAGGGAAGGAGGAGGUUGAAUCCCUAAAUCGUGGUGCACUUGAAAGGAUGAGCAAUAAUAAUAGUGCUGAUGGCCGAGAUUUCAUAUCCGGACUUCCAUCUAUAGGAUCACUCGAGUACUGACUCUUGUCAUCGUUCGAUAAACAAGUGAUUCCAACUCUGCUUCCCAUGAGCUCGGAUGUCUCAACUUUCAUACCUUAUUUCCCGGCUUCUUUAGCUUUGGCCUAAUUAAUCCGGGUUCAUUUCUAUGACAUAGUUCUUUAUGUAGUGAAGAUUUAAUCCAUCUCCCAUUUGUAUUACAAUGUUGUUUGUAUUAGUUAGUCUUAAUCACUGUACUCAGGCUCAGGACAGAUGUGAUUUAGACUAUAAGAAUCUUCGAGUUGUAAACUUGUCAAUGCAGUUGAACUUUUUGCGAUUA